AUGGUUCUAGACUGGCCUUCAAGGUAUAAAAUAGCAGUUGGAGCUGCAAGAGGGAUAUCAUACCUCCAUCAUGAUUGCAUUCCUCACAUAAUCCACAGAGAUAUUAAGUCGAGCAACAUAUUGUUGGAUCACAAUUUGGACGCUCGAGUAUCUGACUUUGUGCUGGCUACUUUGAUGGAACCGGAUAAAACUCACGUAUCAACAUUAGUUGCUGGCACUUUUGGAUAUUUGGCUCCUGAAUAUUUUGACACAGGAAAAGCUACAGCGAAAGGAGAUGUCUACAGCUAUGGUGUUGUGUUAUUGGAGCUUCUAACUGGUAAAAAGCCUACAGAUGAAGCAUUUGUUGAGGAGGGAACUAAGCUAGUGACCUGGGUGAAAUCGGUAGUCCAGGAAAAGAGAGAAGAGUAUGUACUCGACUGCAGUUUGAUGGAUUGUCCAGCACACGAGGUCAAUCAUGCAUUUAGUAUAGCAAUGAUGUGCCUUGAAUCAGAACUAUCUACAAGACCUACCAUGGCAGAAGUUCUGAAGAUUGCAGCUGCCAAUCCACUAGAAGCUGAAACUUUCAGUGUUGGGGAAACUGAGUUACUGCCGAGAAAAACAUCAAACAGAGCAGAUGUAACAUUCGGUGACUCAAUCCUAGCAUCAAUGGUAGAUGGAGUCUCAUCAGGUGAUAUACUAACCUGA